AUGGCAAAUGUUUCAUGGAGUGUCUGAAUUCGCUAACGGACUUGAGGCGAGCCGGCCGGGGGCCCCGAGCGUCGGUCAUGGCCAAGCGAGAGUCGGGCGGGACCGCCAGUCCUGUGGUGCGUCAGAUCGACAAGCAGUUUUUGGUGUGCAGCAUCUGUCUGGACCACUACCGCAACCCCAAAGUGCUGCCCUGUCUGCACACUUUCUGCGAAAGCUGCCUGCAGAACUACAUUCCGCCCGAGUCUCUGACGCUGUCAUGCCCAGUAUGUCGGCAGACGUCCAUCCUGCCCGAGAAAGGCGUGUGCGCUCUGCAGAACAACUUCUUCAUCACCAACCUGAUGGAGGUCCUCCAACGAGAGCCCGAGUGUUCGAGACCCGAGUCCUGCAGCGUCCUGGAGUCGGUUAGCGCCGCGGUGGCGGGAAAACCGCUCAGCUGCCCCAACCAUGAGGGGAAGGUCAUGGAGUUCUACUGCGAGUCGUGCGAGACCGCCAUGUGCCUGGAGUGCACGGAAGGCGAGCACCGCGAACACGUCACCGUCCCGCUGCGCGACGUCGUGGAGCAGCACAAGGCGGCACUCAAGAGCCAGCUGGACGCCAUCCGCAGCAGGUUGCCCCAGCUCACGGCCGCCAUCGAGCUGGUGAACGAGAUCUCCCGCCAGCUGACCGAACGCAAGAACGGGGCAGUGGCGGACAUAACGAGCGCUUUCCAGGAGCUGGAGCGAGCGCUAGAGCAGCGCAAGACGGCGUUGGUGGCCGACCUGGAGAACAUCUGCGGCGCCAAGCAGAAGGUCCUUGAGGCCCAGCUGGCGGCCCUCCUCCAAGGCAGGGACCACAUCCAGAGCAGCUGCAGCUUCACCGAGCAAGCGCUGAAUCACGGCAGCGCCACGGAGGUUCUGCUUGUCCAGAAGCAAAUGAGUGAGCGCGUGACGGCCCUGGCAAGACACGAUUUCCCAGAGAGACCGCAUCAGAACGCGCACCUGGACUGUCAGGUGGAGACCGAAGGUCUGCGCCGAUCCAUCCAGAAUCUCGGCGUCCUUCUGACCACGCCGGCGGUGGCUCACACGUCGGUGGCCACGGGCGAGGGCCUCCGCCACGCCACCACCGGCCAGCACCACAGCGUCACCGUCACCACCAAAGACAAAGACGGCGAACUCGUGAGGACGGGUAACGCAGUUUUGAAAGCGGAGAUCACGUCGGCGGGCGACGGCGGCCGGGCCGCCAAAGCCGAGAUAACGGACAACAAGAACGGCACGUACGAAGUGGGGUACACGCUGCGCGGAGAGGGCGAGUACGCCCUGGCGCUGAGCCUGUACGGGCAGCCGGUGCGCGGCAGCCCCUUCCGCCUGCGCGCCGUCAAGCCCUGCGACGUGCCGCCCUCGCCCGACGACCUCAAACGCCGCGUCAAGUCGCCCGGCGGCACCGGCGGCCACGUGCGGCAGAAGGCGGUCAGGCGGCCCUCCAGCAUGUACAGCACCGUCAGGAAGAAGGAGAACCCCAUCGAGGACGAGCUCAUCUACAGAGUCGGAUCGCGAGGGCGAGAGCGAGGCGAGUUCACCAACCUCCAGGGCAUCUCGGCGUCCAGCAACGGGCGAGUGGUGGUGGCGGACAGCAACAAUCAAUGCAUCCAGAUCUUUUCCAACGACGGCCAGUUCAAGAUGCGCUUCGGGGUCCGCGGCCGCUCGCCGGGCCAGCUGCAGCGCCCCACCGGCGUCGGCGUGGACUCCAACGGAGACAUCGUGGUGGCCGAUUACGACAACCGCUGGGUCAGCAUCUUCUCCCCGGACGGCAAGUUCAAGAACAAGAUCGGGUCGGGCCGCCUGAUGGGUCCCAAGGGCGUGGCCGUGGACAAGAACGGCCACAUCAUCACCGUGGACAACAAGGCGUGCUGCGUCUUCAUCUUCCAGGCCAACGGGAAGCUCGUCAGCAAGUUCGGAGGGCGCGGCGUCUCCGACCGACAAUUUGCAGACAAACUUCUUCCAAACGUAACUAAGUCGGGCUCGGUGUUCAGUCCUCACUUCGUGGCCGUCAACAACAAAAACGAAAUCGUCGUCACCGACUUCCACAACCACUCGGUCAAGGUUUACAGCGCCGACGGCGAGUUCCUGUUCAAGUUCGGCUCUCACGGCGAAGGCAACGGUCAGUUCAACGCGCCCACCGGCGUCGCCGUCGACGCCAACGGCAACAUCAUCGUCGCCGACUGGGGGAACAGCAGGAUUCAGGUUUUCGACAGCACGGGCUCGUUCCUGUCGUACAUCAACACGUCGGCCGACCCGCUUUACGGCCCUCAGGGACUCGCCCUCACCUCGGACGGGGACGUGGCCGUGGCCGACUCGGGGAACCACUGCUUCAAGGUCUACCGAUACCUGCAGUGAGGAGCCGAGGAGCCGCUGCCGCAACAUCCGGUCAAAAUGGAACGGAAAUUCGCAAUUCUCUCACAUGGUCAAAGUCCCAACAGUACUGCAGGGAAAAGUUUUUUUUGCUACCUUUUUUUUCAAAUUCCAGAGAAUUCUGGGAAAAUCUUAAUGACUCAAAGAUAUUGAGCAGGAACAAUUAUUCAAGUUUCCGAGUUUUAUUUAUCUUUUUUUUACACGACAAAAAAGAAAUAUUCUAAUGUUUUGACGUCGCGGAAAAGAAAUUGCAGUAUUCAGAAAAAUUAGUUGAGAAAAAAAAAUCUGUAACAUUUAAGGAAAAGGUUGCAAUAAUGUGUGGCCAAGUUUGAUGAGAAAAAGGAAAUUUUUUUUAUCAAAAUAAAGUUCCACUGUGUUCUUGGAAAGAGAUGAACUUAAAUAACAUCAAAAUCUUUCAACCCAAAAAUCUCAAGAAUUUUUACAGUAAAAUGUAUAAUUCUUUCCGGAAUAAAGUUACGACAUUUUUUUUUUUUUUUACAUUCACACGUAUAAAAUGUAAUUUUUCACAAAAGCUUUUAUGGGAAAAAUAGAAUACACAGAGAGGAAAAACGCAAAUUUUACAAAAAUAAAGACAUGAUCUAAAUAACUUGAAAUUUUACUAGGCCGACAUUUUGGAUAGCAACUUUUUUUUUUAAUACAAAAUUCAUAUUAUAUGAUGAGUGCAUAAUAAACAUGCACAAAAAUAAUAGUGGUAAUGUCAUGAAGAAAAAAAAUUUGGUGGUCAAAUUUUACUGACGAAAAAUAAAUUUUGUGAAUAAUUUAAAGGAAAAGUAAAUGUUUUCAUCCUCCAGCGUGAACUCCUUUUUUUCCCCCCGUUAUCUAAAACUCAAACUAAUUUAUUAUUAACGAAGCUCAACGAGCACAACGUUAGCGUUUGUAGUCGACUCCCCCGUAAGAAUAUUUUUAUAAUUCUGCUGAAACAUUGAACGCAAACUCCUUCUGCCAGAACAUUUCUUGUACCGCAAGUGUAUAGCAAGAGUAAUAUAUUGAAAUGUACGUGUAUAUUUAUGUUUUGUGUGUGUGUUCCUGCGUGAAUGAAAUAGCAGCUGACACCAAACAUGACAAAUCACGUUUCAUUGUAAAUAAAAAAAAAAAAAAAAAAACAAUUUCCAAAAAGCAUUGUGGUCAUGAAAACUCAUCAAAUGAGCAUUUUUGUUGUGUUUGAUGUGGUUGAAAGAUUGACGACGGCAGCAACACGUGCGAACCUCCAUUUUGAAACCGUCAUUUGAAAACUUGGAAGCCUCGUUUUUUUAAAAAAACCGUAAUCUGAGACCCUAAUCCUGAUUUGAAUCUCUUUAAAUCAUAAUUUGAAACCUUCCUCAAAAACCUGAACACCCGUUUUGAAACCACAUCCCCAUUUCAAACCACUAAUUUGAGACAUUACACCGGUUUUGAAACCUUACUUUGAAAUCCUGACCCAGUUUUGAAAACCUAAAACUCUCUUUAAACACUAACUCAGUUUUGGGACCCCUAACCCAAUAUUGAAGGCCAACUUUGAUACCCUGAAGCGCUCUAUAAAAACCCAACCAUAUUUUCAGACCCCAACUCUGUUCCGAAGCCAUCAUUUGAAACCCGAACCCCGGUUUAGAACUCUCAUCGGGUUCUUGUAACGUUUGCUCCGACGAGUGAGCUGGGUAUUAAUUUUGACUCAAUAGAAUGACGUCUUUGAACAACUUGUAGGCGUGAUCGACUGAUCACUCGCACUAAUGGAAUUUUCGAAAGAAAGAUGUAUAAAAUGCCACCAAUGGUGUAGUGGUACACAUAACCGACUUUGGUGCGGACAGCGUGGGUUCGAAUCCCGCUCAGUGAUGGUGUCAAUAUUUGCCCUGUGACUGACGGGCGACCAGUUCAGGGUGUGGUCUGGAGUUAGCUGGGAUGGGCUCCAGCUUUGUGACGAUGAGUGACUUGGAUCAUGGAUGGAGAUCUGUACAGUUUUCCAGACAGACCUGGAAAUUUAUGAAAUACGAUUCCAAACUCUUCUAUUCCUGUAUAGGAAUGAAAG